AUGAGCUCCAGCCACCCUGAGCCAGGUGCCCGGGCACCCUUGAGCCCCUGCCCACAACCCUUGUCCCGGAGCUCUUCCAGCCUGCUGGGUGAAGGCCGGGGACAGAGGCCAGAGCUCCGAAAAAGUGCCAGCAGCACUGUAUGGCAGUCCCAGCCGGGUGAGGCCAGCACCAGUCCCCAGGUCCCGGAGGAAGAGGGGCACCAGGCUAAGAGCACAGAGCAGACACUGGCCUCUAGCCCCAGGCCAUGGCCUGGCACUGUGGGCCACCGGCGGAGCAGCACUGUGGGCAAUGUAUCUACCAUGGGCGGUGGUGACCUGUGUCGCCUGCAGGCCCCCAGCACCACUGCUGUGCAGAGAAGCCACUCGGACCUGGUCCGUAGCACCCAGACCCGGGGCCACAGCAGUGCUCGGAAGGCCAGCCUCAGCUGCUCAGCCCUUGGCAGCUCCCCGGUCCACAGGGCUCGGCUGCAGCCUGGCCGUACUUCCAGCCAGGGAGGGCAGGCCCCUGCAGGCUUGAAAAAGGACCUGGCUGCAGAGGACGGGACUUCAGACUCAGCCUGGACACUGGGAGAGAGUAAGGUGUGGCUGUCACCACUCGAUCUGGGAGACACAACUACCCACAGCAGCAGCCCCAAGGCUGGCCCCAAAGCCACUGGGCAGUCAGCCACUACCUCCUGCCAUGCUCUGCCCCCAGCAGCUCUACUCUGUGGCAUGAAGAAGGUGGGAGCCAGCAGGUACUGCCAUGCUCUGCCUGCGCCAGGGGUCCUGGCCUUUCCCAAACUAGUAACAUCAGUGAGUGAGUCUGGGCUGCAGGCUCAGCACGGGGUGACGUUCCACUGUAGGUUGCCUGGGGAGCUUCCUGGGCAUUCCCACUGCUGUGCCCAUCCUUGGGGUCCCACUGGGUUAGCUACGGAGCCUGGCGCCAAGACCAAGGAUGUGUGGACCAUGACCUCAGCCAGUGACUUGGCUCCAGUGUUGAUGUCCCCUCUUUCAGCACAGGAUGCUGGUGUGCAGGCAGCCCCCAUGGCAGAGUGCAAGGCUGUGGCUACCAGCCCGCCCCUGGAAGCCCCUGUGGCCCUGCACACAUUCCCAGAGGUAACUCUGGGGUCCAGCCUGGAGGAGGUGCCAUCCCCCGUGCAGGAUGUGCGAUGGGAUGCUGAAGGCAUGACGUGGGAGGUGUACGGAGCUGCAGUGGACCCUGAAGUGCUGGGCGUGGCCAUUCAGAAGCACCUGGAGAUGCAGUUUGAGCAGCUGCAGCGGGAACCUGCCAGUGAGGACAGCCUGUCUGCUGAGGGCCGGAGAGGGCCGCUACGAGCUGUCAUGCAGUCUCUGCGGCGCCCCAGCUGCUGUGGCUGCUCCAGCACAGCCCCUGAGUGA